GGGGCCGGGCCGGGCCGGGCAGGGCGGGGGGGAGGCACAACAAACAUGGCGGCGGCGGGAGGCGGGAGCGGCGCGGGGCGGCGGCGGAGACACCAACAAAUGGAACACAAAUUAACUUAAACCUGCAGGAGGCUGGUGACACCUGGAAGAGGGAAAGUGGAGAACUCUGCUCUGUGCUUUUUAUCUGACGUGUUGAGCUACAUUUUGGAGCAUGUUUGCCACUUAGCAGGGAACUAAAUUCAGGCACGAGAGGUUGUAAAUGAGAGAGUCAAUAUGGGGGAAAAGAAGGCAGAACCGUUGGAUUUUGUGAAGGAUUUUCAGGAAUAUCUGACCCAGCAGACUCACCAUGUCAAUAUGAUUUCUGGAUCUGUUACUGGUGACAAGGAAGUAGAGACUCUCCAGGGAGCUGGCACAGAAGGGGAUCAGAAUGGUCUGGAUCAUCCCUCUGUUGAAGUGUCACUGGAUGAAAACUCAGGAAUGUUGGUGGAUGGGUUUGAGAGGACUUUUGAUGGGAAGUUAAAGUGUCGGUACUGCAACUACGCCAGCAAGGGGACAGCACGGCUCAUAGAGCACAUCAGGAUCCACACAGGGGAGAAGCCGCACAGGUGCCACCUGUGUCCCUUCGCCUCGGCCUACGAGCGCCACCUGGAGGCGCACAUGCGCUCGCACACCGGCGAGAAGCCCUACAAGUGCGAGCUGUGCUCGUUCCGCUGCAGCGACCGCAGCAACCUGUCCCACCACCGCCGCCGCAAGCACAAGAUGGUGCCCAUCAAGGGCACCAGGUCUUCCCUGAGCAGCAAGAAGAUGUGGGGCGUCCUGCAGAAGAAGACCGGCAAUUUGGGGUACAGCAGGAGGGCGUUAAUUAACCUGAGUCCGCCGUCCAUGGUGGUGCAGAAACCGGACUACCUUAACGAUUUCACCCAUGAAAUCCCCAAUAUCCAGACUGAGGCGUACGAGGGCAUGACAAAAACGACUCAGAGCGGCGGCUUGCCCCGAGAUGCACAGGACCUCAUGGUGGAUAAUCCUCUAAACCAGCUCUCCACCUUAGCAGGACAGUUGUCCAGUUUGCCGCCCGAAAACCAAAAUCCGGCCUCUCCUGACGUCGUCUCCUGUCAAGACGAAAAGCCUUUCAUGAUCCAGCAGCCCGCUGCACCUGCAGUGGUUUCAGCUGUGUCAGCCAAUAUCCCUCAGAAUUCCUCCCCGACCAGCCCCGACUCCCGGCCCGCACACAACCAGAGGAACUUCAGCCCCGUGGCGGGGCCCAGCAGCGAGCGCAGCGCCCACACCAGCACGCCCAGCAUCAGCAACAGCCAGCCCAGCACGCCGGCUCCAGCCCUGCCCGUGCAGGACCCGCAGCUGCUGCACCACUGCCCGCACUGUGACAUGUACUUUGCAGACAAUAUCCUGUACACCAUCCACAUGGGAUGCCAUGGAUUUGAAAACCCUUUCCAGUGUAACAUUUGUGGGUGUAAGUGUAAAAACAAGUACGACUUCGCUUGCCACUUCGCAAGAGGCCAACAUAAUCAACAUUGACUGAGAACGUGCUUUGGUUUAGUUUUUUAACAUAUUACAGUCUAUUUUUCAUACUUGCUGAUGGAAAGCUUGCACAUUCCCAUAAGGAAUCUUCACAUUAAUAAGUUUGACAAAGGAGGCAAAUUGAUUUCCGUGUUCUUGUAAAACUUGCCAGGGAAUUUUUGUAUCAGAUUCAGUUGCUGUUUUACAUGUAGCCUUUCAAAAACAGCCAAGAGUGCUGUAAGGGUUGGAAUGCAUUUACAUGCUGUGGUUGCUAAAUUUAAGUUGCUUGCACUUAAUCCCAAUAAACCUUCUGCAAGUGAAGCAGAGCCUGUGUCCUGAACCAUAGGAUGUGAUUCCCAGAUUGUUUACUAGGCAAGAUGUAUUAUCCAUAAAAUACGAAAGGUCAAUGCAAUGACACAUCAUGUAGAUGUGUGUCACAUCAUGUAGAGGGAAUGGCUUUGUGGUGACAAAGGGCAGAGUUAGAUGGGAUUUUGGCAGGAAUUGUUCCCUGAGAGGGUGGCAGGCCCUGGCACAGGGUGCCCAGAGCAGCUGUGGCUGCCCCUGGAUCCCUGGCUGUGCCCAAGGCCAGGCUGGACAGGGCUUGGAGUACCCUGGGACAGUGAAAGGUGUCCCUCCUUUAAGGCCCCUUCCAACCCCAGCCAUUCUAUGACUUUGGAGAAAUCCUUAAAAACCUGGCUACUCAAACAAAAAGAAGCAAUUUUCUCAUACAACUUCAAUUUGAUACAAAAGUUGCAUUAAUCUGAUGAAGGCUAAUAAUAAGUUUUUGUUUAGUAUAAUCUAAACUCUUCAUGCUAGGACUUAAACACUAAUUUAACUAUUAGCACAAAACUAGAAGAUAACAGGUUAUUGUGAAUACAACUGGUAGGAAAAAAACGAGCUAAAAGCCUGUCAUUCAUGAGUUAUAGAAACAAAAAAGUAAGAUACCUUAUUUUAUCUACACUCUACAAAAUUUGAUGUCAUUGUUUUUCAGAAGAGGCAAUUUUUAGGAACAUAAUGAAGAGCCUGGAGAACUAAUAUAUAUAUUCUGUGAGAUUUCUAACUGCCUUAAACUGAGUUGUACAGAUAUUUAAAAUUUGCACAAUUAGACUUCUGUCCUGCUGACAGAGGUUCUGAUAGAAACAAACAAGAAGUUUACAAAUGAAAACUCCUUUGUUCAGUUCUAUGUUCAGCCAGGCUGCAGCUGAGAGGUUGCCUGUAUUUUUGGGAGUUAAAUAAUCCAGUUUAGUGUAAAUUUCAGCUGAUUUGGAAGCCUGGUUUGUCACCUCUCCCAGGUUUGAAGUCCUUUGGGUGUGCUGGGAAUAAGGGGAAGGACCUCUGGCUUUUUCUGGGCUCCAUGCAGGGUGCAAAGGAAAACUGGCUGACUACACUGAAGUUGUUUUUAGGAAUUGCAGAUGGCAAAUGGUAACUGAAGGUGUUUAUUUUGUUUCAUAGUGUACACUCAUCUUUAGAAGCCUUCAGGCUAAAGGACAGGCACUUUAACAUAAACCUGAAUAAAACAUUUAAUUAAAAUUAGUAAUAACUUUAUUGCUAGAUAUGAAUUUGAGAUGUUAAAAAUAAAGGAAGAACUGUUGCUUUUCCCAUAUUUAGACAUGCACUUUUACCUUGGUUUGUCCUACUGGAGACAAAGUUUCUCUUAUAAUACUCCCUUUUUCCUAUCAGCAAACCAUGUUUUGUUAAAAGCUAGGAGAUUUUAUGUAUGUUCCACAAGUCAGAGGUUGGAAUCUGAAUAGAAAAUGUUUGGCUUAUUCAAAUUUAUAUUGUUAUAGGAGUGAAAACUUCCUGAAACCAAUGGAAAAACUUAGAGUGAUGAGGGUGAGAUCAGUGCAGGAAAACCACCUGUGUAAGAAUUUUAGCUUCAGAAGUAAGUUUUUCUUUAAUUAAAUAGAAAUUUGGAUACCAGACAUGUUUCUGUCUACCUGACUGACCUACUGUUGAAUUUCUGUGCUUGAGGAACUGGAUUCUUAAGAGGCUGUGCAGUCUUGUAGUAAUGAAGUCAGAAAUGUGCCCCUGAAGUGGUUCCAGUGUAAUGAAGCACUGUCACUCCUAAAAAUUGUUUUGUUUUCAGGCCUGGUUCAGAAUUCAUUUUGCUGGAUUUGUAAGACAAUGUAAUCUUCAUUUUUCAUCAUGACACUCUGUAAUUCCAAAACAUUUCAUUGUUGCUUUAUAAUUUUUAGAUUUAUUUUUUAAGUAAAACUGCAAGUCUGUGUGUGUAAACAUCCUUUAUUUUAAGGAGUAAAAGCUGAUUGAACUGGAAUCAAGUUAGAAGUUACUGCUCCUGGACAGGUUUUGGAAUCAGAUUUUUUUCCAAAGAGGGCAGAAAUGGUGGCUCUCUUUGGAUCACACAUUGAACAAGUCUCCAAUUUAAAUUUGGCUCAAAUGUAGUGUUGGGAUAAGAGACAUUCCUCUUGAAGAUUUUACAGUUAGUAAUUUAUGGAAGUGGUUUUCCUUGCCUUUUUGAUAGGUGAUGCAGUCUUCUGUUCCUAAGCUCUGGCAUUUCCAAGGAAACUUGUGGAAACUCCAGGGAGGAACCAUUUUACAGUACUGAGCGUUCACAGCAUCCAGGUUCUCCUUGGUUUGUGGUUUUUUCCCUCCUGGUGUUGUAGGAAGAGUAAUUUCCAUGUGCACUGAUGUGGUUUCUGACCCACUGGAGCUUCUGUUGGCAGUGUCGACAUUGUUAGAGGCUUUUCUUGGUCUCCUGAUUUGGUGAUUUAGAGAAAUCCUGGCUCCUGAACCACGAUGGGCUUGAACAAAACUAAGGAUAGGUCACUAAUGGAGGAGUUGGGAGCAAGGGGAAGCCUGCAGGAUGUCAUGGGAAAGGGCCCUGGUUUAGGAGGGGAUCCUGGUGUGGGGAAUUUAUGUUCCUAAUAACAGAACUCGCUAUGAAAAACAUCUAUCCCCAAGCCUUGCAAAUCAUUUGGAAGGAUUUUCCUGCUGCUGCCUGGAUACUGUUGGUUCUGCUCUCGAGGAAAGAUAAGUUUGGGACAGCUAGGAAUGGUUGAGGAAUGAAAAAGCUUUUCCUUGGGCAAACUCCUCACUGCAGGUGGGUUCCUGGGCAGCAGCAGCUUUGGUGCUCAGCCCUUGGCCCUGCACCCAGGUCCCCGUGUCCUUCCCAGGACUGGCAUUGUUCCUGUUCCAUCAUCACACCCCGUGUUCAGUUGUGCCAAACAAUGCCCUGACACCAUCGCCCCCUUCUGUCAACUGAGGAGCUUUGGGAGGUGUGUUUUCCUAUUUUUCAUAAUUUAUACACACUAUUGAUCAUAAUUUAAAGAGUUGGUAGUGGCAAAUUCUUUCCAAGUAUGAUCCCUUGCACCAGCAGGCCUUACCCAGAGCAAGUGAGGGACUUGUCCAGGAUUCUGGCACUGAGUCCUUAAAAGAACUUUUCAUAUUGAGGCCUCCAUUUGCUACACUGCACUUACUUAUUUUUUUUAAACCCAAAUCCUUGUAUUAUAAGGUAAUGGGUGAUUACCAUUUUAACUGUUAUUAAUGGAAGUUUGGGAAGGAGAUGGAGUUUUUCCAUAGCUCGGUUCUGUUAAGUUGUUGCAAAUGAACUUUGUGGGGGUUUUGUUUUUAUUGUCACAGCUUAUUUUAUAGUUUUGUGGACAUUUCUAAAAUUCACUAUUUACAGCACUCUUAAUACACAUUCACUGGUUUGAGACUGAAUAUUCCAAUGAACAUUUGAAUAUUUGAACAUCUUCACUAUCUCAGUUAAAAUUUAACUGUGAAGAAGGCAAUAGGAAAAAUAGUUUGUUUUUUCACAGACACAUGUUUAGAUGAAGAGGAUUUAGACAUAAAAUAUUGAUUGGCAUUUUAAUAUAAAACUCAGUGCUGGGAGACACUUCCUAGCAGUGUUUUCCAGCCAAAUAAUCUGUUGCUGUUUGUUUUGUUCCAGAAUGUUUUGGAGGUUUGCUUUUUGUUUCUUUUUGACAAAGGGAAUGUAAUUUAGAAAUCUUCACUGGCAAGUUUUCUACUAAUUUUAAGCUUCUUUGAAAAUCUACAGCAAAUGGAUGUUCUGCUGCAGGAAAUCUCUCUCCUGCUAAAGCAUUUUUCAUUGAGCAAUGUGUAUGUGCUUCUAAGUACCUACUUUGUUAAUAUGUAUUUCAGUGUAAAGAGCAGAUUUUAUGCAAAAAUGAAACCUGUUGGAGUUGUAAAAUAAAUUUUAAUGUUAGUGAAGGUUUUUGAGAUGACAUGGUUAAUUCUGAAAUAACUCUAUCUCAUGUAGUUCAUGUUGUGAAGCUUUGCUUUUGUAAGAUAUGAAUAAAAUAACACUUUCUAAUUA